UUGGGCCAACUUGUGGCAGUCUCUUUUUCCAGCUCGGCCGGACAUCCGCGGUUGCAGCAAAUCUUAGUACGGGCGGCGAGAUAGCCGUAGACUGUCUUCUCGCCGGAACGCGCUGGGAAUUAUUCUAUUCUUCCUCUCGCGCAAACACUCCCAUUCCUUUCCCCAUCCUACCGGCAGACCUCCGCGGGUCUCCUUUUUUGCGCUCAGAGAUCCGUCCCAAACGAAAGCCACUCGGUCCGCAUGAAUUUCUGAAUCUGCCAUCGCUCCUCUGCUCAGUCCCAUGGCGAGUCACCGCCGCGAUGAUUCGCCUUCCGGUCUAUCAGAUUUUGGCGAGGGCGAGGGUCUCCUGGGAACUGGCAUAACGAGCCGCCAGAUUGAAGCGUUCGGAAGAAAGGUCACUUCGACUGCCGGGCAUCUGAUCGGACCAGCAUCGGACGGAACCGUUGGCAAGGUCUACAGGGGUGCCAUGAAUGACAUCCAUCGCGAAUUGAGACGGCCGCAUACCCAGCGCAAGGUCUUUGCUCUGGCCCGGACCACCCCGACGGAUCUUGUCCGGUCCAAGUUGUCGACUACCGAAAUCCAAUCGCGUGCGCUCUCGUCCGUUCCCGACGAGCUUCUUCUCAACAUCCCGGAAACAUCGAGUCCGUUCUCUCUGUUCCAAGGAUUCCAGGUUUCCCUGCCCGAGGAUAGUCAUCGGAAGUCCCGUCGGAGACGCAGCUCGAAAUUAUUGAAAGAUGGCGAGAAGGACACUCCGGCGCUACCGAAUACCGUGCAGGGGUUGAAGCAGGAGCGGGAAGAAUUGAAUCGUCGACUGGAGACCAUGGGGAUCCGCAAGAACAUGUGCAGCUCGGAGAUUCACGAAAUCGAUAACAAAAUCGCCAAUCUGCACGGCAUGCGCAAAAUUAUCCUGGAUCGGCUGGCGGGGCUGGAGAUGGAUGAGGUCGAGCUUGAACGCCAGUUGACCGACAUCGACAACAAACUGGAGGAUCUUGACGAACAGCCUGAUGUAUCGACUCCGAAAUCCUCGGACGUGAACGAUGGGUCUGUUAUAUCCGAGGACCCAGCCAUGGAUGCCUCCUUCAUGUCCGAAUCAAUUUACCAGAAGAUGCCGUCACCUUCAUCGGGGAGGUUGAAACAUAAGAGCAUAAGGAAACGUUCGAUGCCUAUCCUACAUGAACACUUCGAACCCGGGUCACCCAUUACCGAGAUCCAAGCCCACAAUGAUAUAAUAACCGCCGUCGAUUUCGACUUUCCCUUUGGGACUAUGGUCAGUGCCGCCUUGGAUGAUACGGUGAAAGUUUGGGACCUUAGCUCUGGACGAUGCAAUGGGUUUUUGGAAGGACACAACGCAUCUGUCCGGUGCUUGCAGAUGGAGGAUAACAUCGUAGCUACGGGGUCAAUGGAUGCUUCGAUCCGACUUUGGGAUUUGAGUCGUGCGCGACCUGCAUCGAAGGGGAAUCAGAUCGGCAAAGGAGACGACAUUGACGAUGAGGAUGACUCAGGCAAUACACCAACGAAAGGGCCAUCCAUGCAGAUGGACGACUGUUAUGUCUUCUCUCUCGAAUCGCACCUGGAUGAAGUGACGGCGCUUCAUUUCCGAGGCGAGACCUUGGUCUCGGGUUCUGCAGACAAAACGAUGCGGCAGUGGGAUUUGACCACCGGACGAUGUGUGCAAACACUGGAUGUUCUGUGGGCUGCGGCGCAAGCCUCUACCACGGGGAUGUCCGGAGACCAAUGGCGGCCAACUGGCCGCCUGCCCGAUGCUUCUGCAGACUUCGUCGGUGCCCUCCAGUGCUUUGAUGCCGCUCUGGCCUGUGGUACGGCCGAUGGGAUGGUCCGUUUAUGGGAUCUCCGUAGUGGCCAGGUUCAUCGCAGUCUGGUUGGCCAUACUGGCCCUGUGACGAGCCUGCAAUUUGAUCAUGUACACCUGGUAACGGGCAGUUUGGAUCGCAGCAUCAGGGUAUGGGAUCUCCGAACGGGAUCCAUCUACGACGCCUUCGCCUACGAUAAACCCGUCACGAGCAUGAUGUUCGACGCCAAACGCAUUGUGGCAGCAGCGAGAGAGAAUGUAGUGAAGGUCUACGACAAGGCAGAUGGGCGUCACUGGGAUUGUGGCUCCGGGGUCGGCAUUGAUGAACGAGACACGUCGCCUCCUGCAGUCGUUGAGCGCGUGAGGAUCAAAGACGGGUAUCUCCUCGAAGGCCGCACCGACGGCAUGAUAGGGGCCUGGACCUGCUGAACCCGACAAAACGAGUUAUACACAUGGAUAUAUGGUUCUUGUGCCAGCCAUGCUUAUAUUGAGGGCGCCCCACCCCCCUUUACCAUUUCUUCGCUGCGGGACUUAGGAGGGGUUGGCGAACAGGCCGGAAGAGUUUAUUCUGUGUCUUGUUUAUGUAGAUUAUCAUCAUUACUUCCGUGCUUGGAGUUGGUAGAUUUACGUGCUGGCAGUUGUAGAUGAAUACCAUACCA